AUGCCAUCGCGUCAGCCUCCGCCAUAUCAGCCGCCGAGUAACGCCUUCUCGCCUUCGUACGGUUCGCCUUCUCCUUCGUUUCUACCAAAUAUGUCGUCUCAAUUAUCGCAGACUCAGUUCAAACGACAGACACAAUACUCAGGUGGCACUCAGUCGCCUGUCAAUUCUCCACAUUUUGCAUCUGUGUCUUUACCCCGUGCAAACAGUCCUCCAAAUGGAGCUGGCGUCAAUGGCUUCUACAGUGCACCAGCUGCUCCAGGCUCGAUGGGUCCUCCAUCCAGACCUGCUGAUAAGGCAACCGACAUCCGUACCCUGGAAGACCCUUUGGCUGGCACUGGAGUCAAUCUGGACGAAGAGGAGCGUAAUUUGACCAGUUCCACCUACUACUCGCAACAACAAGGGGCAAAUACAUCAUUUGGUUCUCAAGGUACGACUUUUGGUCCUGGUUCCGGCGCUGGUAGCUUCGAGCGACCUGGAUCGAGUGGAUAUCAGAAUGGCAAUGAAGAGAACGCGGAGGAUAUGCAACGGAGAGGACAGGCUGAAGCGGAUUUUAGCGCUGGAAGAUGGGCCCAACAUCCAUUGUGGGAUGCGUUUCUCCAGGGUGAUUCUUUGGGCAAGAGACUAGAUAAAUGGUCCUACGAAAAUGGCAUCAAAUCACCCAAAGACGGGCUUUUCUAUGCCACCAAAGGACAAACGAGACCACAGACAACGCGGGUCACUGGUCAUGACGGUGCUUCACUGAUUAUUGAUCGCGGACAAACUAUUAUAAGUACCGAGUCUGGCGACGUGUUGGGUGAUAUUAUGAAGUUGGUAUCUCUGGCUACUAGGGACAGGAUCACCGGCCUUCUUGAUCAUUCUGCCCGCCUCGCUUGUGAGCGGCGUGAUCAUUCUGCCGGGCGUGUUCCCACAGAUUGGAAGGCUGUUGCAAUCACCCCUCCUGCUCCGUCUAUCGUGUCUCAGUCUGCUGUCAAUGCUGCGGCACCUACUUCUCUGAAAAGAACGUUCUCACAGAUGGAUGAAGAACAGCCUGCGAGCACCGCCCACCAAAUUGUCUCGGUUUUUCAGAAAGUUUCCAAUGCGAAUCGUGCUUCGGAGCAAGCUCGGCUUGCUAAGCGUGCCAAACGUGGUGCAGGGAAGCCUGCAGACAUAGGCGCUGCUAAUGGUGCUGCUACGCCAAGUGGUGCUCAGACCCCCGUCGCUGCUCCGGCUGAGCCGCCAAAGCGAUUGACUAAGAAGGAUAAGAAAGCUGCCGAGACCAAGUUAAGUGGUGCACAACAGCAGAAAUCCGCGAACGAGACGGCAAGAAUGGCGAUGGGCUUGGGCUCUUCGAACAAGUUCAAGAAGUACUCCUGGCUACAGAACGGUGGUGCAGCAUCGCCAGCUGCAAGUCCAGGACCGACACCAAAUAGGAGUAACGCUGGCCUCAGCAGCACAGCUUCUACCUUGGGCAGUGUUCGGACUGGACCGUCGGCAGGGCGAGGUAAACAGUUCGGUGAAUGGGAUGAAAACGACGAUCGCGCUGUUCAGGCACGAGAUGUGUUGUUAGUGCUCGAGACUGACGGCAAGGCUAUUAAAGCUCUUAGUAAGGGCUACAACACGCCGGAAAAGCCAGAGAAGAGAUGA